UUCUUCUAUGAAAGAUGUAACAAAUUGAUACACAUAUACAAAAUCAACAAUCAAAAUGGUUGUGGGUGCUUUCCCAGUUGUAAAAUUAGGUGUUUUGCUGAUGAAACAAAUCAGCAAACCUAUAGCAAAUUUUGCCAAAGAACGAGCUAAAAACAGUCCAUUUUUUAGAACAUACAUUUGUAUGCCACCUGCACAAUUUUACAAUUGGUGUGAAGUGAAAACGAAAAUGUGGAUUAUGAAUUUGGGUAAACCUGUACACAUACCUACUUUAAAUGAAGCCAUGGCCAUUGAAUUAGGCGCAAAUCUUCUGGGAGAAGGAAUUAUAUUCUUUAUUGCAUCUGCAUUGUUGAUUCUCGAAUAUCAGAGACAAUCAUUGAAAGAAACUGCAAAAGAAGAAGCUCGCGUAGAGCAAGUAGAUUCAAUGAAUAGGCAAAUUCGGGAAUUGGCUUUUCUUGUAGAGAAACAAGAUACUCAAUUGCGAGAAGUUGUAAGACUUGUUGCUGAUCUAGAUUCAAGAGUAGUAAAGAAACCAAGUUGGCCUCUGAAGCCAGCUCAAGAAAAUAUUAGUAAUAGUUUAAGUAAAGACAUUAUUGAAGAAUUAUCAAACAGUACAGUAACAAAUAACUCAAUGGUUAACAGAAACAAUAUGCAAAAUAAUAAGUCACAUAAUAUAGUAGACAAACCUCUAAAUUAUUUGGAAAAGGAUGUUUGGUGUAAAGACAAUAAAGAACAAAAUCCAGGAAUUAUAAUAAGAGCACUACAGUACAUAGAAAAAGAUUUAUUUUAAAAUAAAUUAUAGCCU